AAAGCAAUUACCUUACAUGAUUCCCAGUUUGGCACUGAAUUGAGUUAUAAAAUGGCGUACUACAUGAACCAAGCCAGAGCACUCUUGAUCUUUUUUCUCUGGCACUGCAUCGUUGAAGUUUUAGGUCCUCCUACAUUCAGCUGCAUAACACCGCCUACUAUUCAAAAUGGCUACGUCUCUUCAAGUACGUCCUUCUCAGCAACGUACAGCUGCAACACAGGGUACCGACUGUCAGGAUUCCGCACAGCAAUUUGUGAAAUGGAAGAAUUUGAUUUAUUUUACUGGGACUCUAUACCCACAUGUAUAAUAGUGGAUUGUGGUCCCUCUCCCUCUAUUUCCAAUGGGUCACCUGGUACUCCAACAAAGACAACAUUUGGAGGGACAGGGACGUACAGCUGUAAUACUGGUUACGUACUGUCAGGAUCAUCCACUGUUACAUGUCAAGCCAGUGGAAGUUGGAGCACUAUACCAACUUGUCAACCCAUCUGUGGAUCCCCUCCUUCUAUCUCAAAUGGAUCUCCUGGCACACCCACUAGCAUCAUACAAGGAGGGACUGUGAUGUACAGUUGUAACUCUGGCUAUCAACUGUCGGGAUUAGCUACUGUGGUCUGUCAAGAUAGCAGAAAUUGGAGCCCGAGGCCAAAUUGUUUAGGUAUAUCUACGUUACAUGCUCAUUAUGUGUAUGCAUUCUGCUGUAAGCUAUAAUAACUGUACACUUCUGUCAUCGUAAUCACAGCUAUGUAUAGGAUAGACUACACCUAAGAGUAGAAUAUGCGUCUAUGUAACCUCCGCGGUUGCGGUUAGCCCGAGGCGCAAAGCCGAGGGAAUCUAACCGUAACCAAGGCGGUUACUAAGACGCAUAUUCUACAAGUGGGUGUGGUCUAUCUAACUUGGACUUCAUUGCGCAUGCGCGAGGCGUGGUUAUAAAAAGCCAGGUUUGGUGCGUAGCAACAGAAAUUGAAUUUGUGCGAGCUGGAGAGCUGUGAGAGACACCAGUUGACAGAAAAAGAUAAGAAGACGGCUUCAAAACAAUGAAAAAACUUAGUAAAGCUUGUGAAACGCUUCUUGAAGAUACUGGAAAGAACAGACAAGUAAAAAGAACCUAAAACUAUGCUAGAACUGACUGUAACACUACAAGAAGAAGAAUGAAGCUCUGUGGUGGAGUGGAGGGGGUAUAGAGCAGACUGGACCGGCAUGGAACCUUAAAAAACUCAAUAGAAAGUGUCAAGCGACUGCUAAAGUGUUUUUGAUGCUUCCUGGCCCCCCUUGCCCAUGCCCAACUGGAAAAAGCAAUACAAAGCAACAGUGGACAUGGAAAGAAUGGAUAUUGACUGAACAAACUAUUGCAUUCUGUGUUUUUAUAAUGUUUUUGUCAUCUUCUUGUCACUUUCACUAAAAAUUUCAUUUCAACUUUUGAGAA